GCAGCCCAGCCCCCGGCAGCCGCCAGGCCCCGCGGGCCCCCGGCUGAUGCCCACGCAGCCCUCCCGCCGCAGGGCCACCGUCCCCACGCGCCCGUAGAGGCUCCGCAGGACCCGGCGCAGGAUGGGAGGCACCGCUGGGCUCAUCCACACCUCCCUGGCCGUCGGCACCUUCCUGGUUUGGUGCCACGCCCAGAGCGGGAUGAGGAGCUACGGGCCGGUGUUCGAGGAGCAGCCAUCCCACACCCUCUUCCCUGAGGGAUCGGCAGAAGAAAAGGUGACCCUGGCAUGCCGAGCCCGGGCCAAUCCUCCCGCCACCUACAGGUGGAAGAUGAACGGCACUGAGCUAAAGCUGGAGCCGGAUUCCCGCUACAGGCUGGUGGCCGGGGAUUUGGUAAUCAGCAAUCCUGUGAAAGCCAAGGAUUCUGGCUCCUACCAGUGCGUGGCAUCCAACUCCAGGGGCACCGUGGUGAGCAGGGAGGCCUCGCUCCGCUUUGGCUUUUUGCAGGAAUUCUCAGCGGAAGAGCGGGACCCCGUGAAGAUCACCGAGGGCUGGGGGGUGAUGUUCACCUGCAGCCCCCCGCCCCACUACCCAGGUUUAUCCUACCGAUGGCUCCUGAAUGAGUUCCCCAAUUUCAUCCCGGCCGACAGGAGACGUUUCAUCUCCCAGACCACGGGCAACCUCUACAUUGCCAAGACGGAGGCCUCGGACCUGGGCAACUACUCCUGCUUUGCCACGAGCCACAUGGACUUCAUCACCAAGAGCGUCUUCAGCAAGUUCUCCCGCCUCAGCCUGGCUGCAGAGGAUGCCAGGCAGUUCCCACCCAGCAUCAAGGCCAAGUUCCCUGCGGACACCUACGCUCUGACCGGGCAGGUGGUGACCCUGGAGUGCUUCGCCUUUGGGAACCCCGUGCCCCGGAUCAAGUGGAGGAAGCUGGAUGGGCCGCAGUCCUCCAAGUGGAUCGGCAGCGAGCCCCUGCUGCAGAUCCAGCAGGCUGGAUUUGAGGAUGAGGGGACGUACGAGUGCGAGGCGGAAAACUCCAAAGGGAGGGACACCCACCAGGGCCGCAUCAUCAUCCACGCCCAGCCCGACUGGCUGGACGUGAUCUCGGACACCGAGGCCGACAUUGGCUCCGACCUGCGCUGGAGCUGCGUGGCUUCGGGCAAGCCCCGGCCCACGGUGCGGUGGCUGCGGGAUGGGCAGCCCCUGACGUCCCAGAACCGCAUCGAAGUGAGCGGUGGAGAGCUGAGAUUUUCCAAGCUAGUCCUGGAGGACUCUGGCAUGUAUCAGUGUGUGGCUGAGAACAAGCAUGGCACAGUUUAUGCAAGUGCUGAAUUAACAGUGCAAGCCUUAGCUCCAGAUUUUAGACUAAACCCGGUGAAGCGCCUGAUCCCGGCAGCCCGCAGUGGGAAGGUCAUCAUCCCGUGCCAGCCACGAGCAGCACCAAAAGCCACCGUGCUCUGGACCAAAGGGACAGAACUCCUGGUCAACAGCAGCAGGGUGACGAUUACGGCGGACGGGACCCUGAUCCUGCAGAACAUCAGCAAAUCCGAUGAGGGAAAAUACACCUGCUUUGCUGAGAACUUCAUGGGCAAAGCCAACAGCACUGGAAUCCUCUCUGUCCGAGAUGCCACCAAGAUCACGCUGGCACCAUCGAGCGCCGACAUCAACGUGGGUGAGAACCUCACCCUGCAGUGCCACGCAUCCCACGACCCCACCAUGGACCUCACCUUCACCUGGUCCCUGGAUGAUUUCCCCAUCGACUUUGACAAGUCCGAGGGGCACUACCGGCGAGCCAGCGCAAAGGAGGCCAUUGGGGACCUCAGCAUCUCCAAUGCGCAGCUGCGGCACUCGGGGCGUUACACCUGCACGGCCCAGACCGUGGUGGACAGCGCGUCCGAGUCAGCCACGCUCACCGUCAGAGGACCUCCAGGCCCACCUGGAGGGGUGGUGGUGAGGGACAUCAGUGACACCAGCGUCCAGCUGAGCUGGAGCCGUGGCUUCGACAACCACAGCCCCAUCGCCAGGUACCUCAUCGAGGCCCGGACCCUCCUGUCCAACCAAUGGAAGCAGAUGCGCACCAAUCCCAUAAACAUCGAGGGCAACGCAGAGACGGCGCAGGUGGUGAACCUCAUCCCGUGGAUGGAUUACGAGUUCCGGGUCCUGGCCAGCAACAUCCUGGGAAUUGGGGAGCCCAGUCUGCCCUCCAGCAAAAUCCGCACCAAGGAAGCAGCACCAACGGUGGCACCAUCCGGGCUCGGCGGCGGCGGAGGGGCUCCCAACGAGCUCAUCAUCACCUGGACGCCGACGCUGCGCGACUACCAGAACGGGGAGGGCUUUGGGUACAUCGUGUCCUUCCGGAGGAAGGGCAGCCAGGCCUGGCUGAGGGCGCGGGUGCCGCACGCGGAGUCGCUGCACUUCGUGUACCGCAACGAGAGCAUCGCGCCCUACACCCCCUUCGAGGUGAAGAUCAGGGCCUACAACAACAAAGGGGAGGGCCCCGAGAGCCUCACGGCCAUUGUGUACUCAGCAGAGGAAGAACCCAAAGCGGCUCCUUACAGGGUCAUUGCCAAGUCUGUCCUGUCCUCGGAGAUGGAUGUGUCCUGGGAGCCUGUGGAGCAGGGAGAAAUGACCGGAGUGCUUUUGGGAUACGAGAUCCGGUACUGGAAGGACGGGGACAAGGAGGAGGCGGCUGACAGAGUGAGGACAGCGGGGCUGGUGACAUCGGCCCAUGUCACCGGCCUGAACCCCAACACCGACUACCACGUGUCAGUGCGAGCCUACAACCGGGCAGGGACCGGCCCCCCCAGCCCUGCCACCAACGUCACCACCACGAGACCUCCACCAAAAAGGCCACCUGGGAACAUCUCCUGGACCUUUUCCGGCUCCACAGUGAGCAUCAAGUGGGACCCCGUGGUGGCCAAGGCAGACGAGUCGGCGGUGACGGGGUACAAGAUGCUCUACAGGCAGGAUUCCCACUCGGCCCCCACCUUGUACCUGGCCAGCAAGAGCCAGAUCGACAUCCCCAUCCCUGAGGAUUUCACUCACGCCUUCGUCCAGAUCAGGGUCACCGGGCCCGGCGGGGACGGGACUCCAGCAGAAGUUCACAUCCUCAGGAACAGCGGGACGAGCAUGAUGGUGGAGGACUCAGGGAUGAGGCCAGCGCCACACGUCGUGGUCGUCACCACCAACUCCCUGCUGAUGGUGGCCCUGAUCAGCUCCCUGGAGCUCUGACCUCGGCUCCUCCCCGUCCCAUGGGAACAACGCAAAUCCCAUGGGAACAACACCAAAUCCCAUGGGAACAACACCAAAUCCCAUGGGAACAACACCAAUCCCAUGGGAACAACACCAAUCCCAUGGGAACAACGCAAAUCCCAUGGGAACACCACCAAAUUCCAUGGGAACAACACCAAUCCCAUGGGAACACCACCAAUCCCACUUCGGGGCAGCACCGCUGGGAGAGGAUUGGAAGAUUGGACCACGUGGUUGGAAGGGAGGAAGAAAUUAAAAACAGCUUUUCUUUUUUUUUGGUUUUGAGGAACAAAAGCUUUCAUACAAGACGUGGGUCUCUUUAACUGAUUAAAUGUUUUUUAAGGAAAAUGAAGAAAAUGAGGAAUUCUCCGGGAAUUCUGCAGCCAGCUGCCCCCGCCCUCACUGUAUCCAUAGGUUUUCUGCCUUACUGAAGCCAUGUAUGAGAUAACCAGACUGCUAAAUUUGACUUUUUUUUUUAAACUCUGUACAGUGAAUUCCGUGGGGGGACGGGGACUGAGGAGUUCAGGGAGCAGCAUGUCCCACACCCAUCCCAGCACAGCCAGCUCGGAGCAUUCGUGGGAUGGGAUUGAUCCCUUUUCCCCACAAAAAAGAACCAAAUCCUGCAGGAACCAGCCCAAGGAGAAAAACCCACAGGAGGGACGAGCUCUGCCCCAGCCUGAAAAGCUUUUUUUACUACUCUGGUGUUCACUUGCAGCCCCAGCCUGGUGCUUGUCUCAGCUGUGAGGUGCAAAUUCCGUGUUUUCCCAUAUCCCACGUGCUUUUGGGGUGGAUUUGUCACCCUGUUUGCCUCUUUGGGAAAAAGGGAACUUUUCCCAGAAUCCUUAAUUUGGGCAGCUCUGCCUAAAACCGGAGGUGUCAACAAAUCCAAUUUCAGAGGGGCUCAAAGAAGGAAUUUUUUUAAAAAAUGACAAAAUUAAAACAGGAAUGGGAGACUCCAGGAAGCCACCACUGGGACAAGAAGGAAAAAUUGGACUCGGAUUCAUUUCCCUGCACUGAGAAUUCACCCAGCCAAAAUUCCAGGCUUGGAUUGGGACUGCAAAGGCUGAGAUCCAGCCAGGAAGAGGCUCUGGAUUCCAGCUCUGACGCCUGCCGGACAUCCCAAGGAAAUUCUGGGAUGCUGAGGAGCCCCCUCCACUCCAGAGGCUGGGAAAAGCAGGAAUGCUGAGCUGAGCACCCACAGGACUGGCUGGGAAUCGAUGUUGCCUGUUGAAAUCUCUGUCUCCCAGUAAAGCAGUUGACCAAAGUUAA